CAGAGGCAGACCUCAGUGAAACAAAGUAUUGAAACAGUGCAUCUGCACAAGAAGAAGAAUGGCUCUUCUGUCCACAAGCAUCCUCGCUAACUUCAACACUACGGCUAUAAAUGGAGAGCAAAACAACAUGAAUGGGAGUCAGUGUGAUAGUGACAAACCACAUUUUUGGCACAUCUCUGUGCUGCCGGUGUAUAUCCUGCUCGUCGCUGUGCUGGGAAUUGUGUUGAAUGUGUUUGUCCUCGGGGUUUUCUGUCUUCAUAAGAAGUCCUGUACCGUGGCUGAGAUCUACUUAAGCAACAUAGCUGCUGCUGACCUGAUCCUGACGUCCUGUCUGCCCUUCUGGGCUGUGAAUGCAGCCAACCAAUUCAAAUGGCCCUUUUCUCAUCACCUGUGCCGACUGGUCAACUUUAGCAUCAGCAUGAACGCCUACUCUAGCAUCUACUUCCUCGUUUUGAUAAGCAUAGAUCGUCGCAUGGCACUGGCGGACCCUCUGUCCCAUAAAGGAAUAUCUAGGCCAAAAUAUGCCAAACUGGGCUGUGUGCUGGUGUGGGGUUUCGGCUUGCUCCUAAGUGUCCCCACACUUGUCUUCAGGGAAGUGAAAUAUUUCCCUGAAAUGCAAUCUAAUAUAUGCUAUUUGGUUUUCCGAAAUCUCACUGAAAGGGCUGUGUUUGAUGUGAUGCAGUUUACAUUCAGCUUCAUCAUCCCCUUUUUCAUCAUCUUCUACUGUACUAUAGAUAUUCUUCAAGCUCUGAACAACCGGAUAUUUGAGGGGUUAAACAGCCAGAAGAAGGAGCAAAAGGCCACCACUCUGGUGCUGGCGGUCCUCCUGGCGUUUAUGAUCUGCUGGAUGCCAUUCCACGUGACAAAGAUAUUACUUUUGCUGCAAGAAGCUGAAGUCCUGACAGGGUGUAGCCUUGAGUACGCCCUUAACAUCUGCGGCCAUGUCUUCAUGUACCUCGCCUUCUUCAACAGUGUUCUCAACCCCAUCCUCUACGUCAUUGUAGGACAGCAAUUUCGGCAAAAAGUGAGGGGACUCUUUAAACAGUGGAGAUCUACCAGAAGAUCGUCCGUUAAAACCUCAUGCACAAACUCAACCCGGAUGAGUAGUGUUGGACCUCAGUUGUCUGUUCUGAAGGACAUUUCUUAGAAGCUGUUGUUUUUGUUUACUUACUUUCACAUAAUGAACUUAUUAGUCAUGUUCCCCAUGUUUUGGAAAAUAGCUCGAAAUAAGGUCUGUGGUUGACACAAAUUGAAGAGACAGAUCAC